CAUGUGAGGAGGUGCGGGGCGGGAGGCAUCGGCUGCGCCGGAGCCGAGCCAGGCUCGUCCUCCCUUUCUCUCAGCAUCCUCCGUGAUGCGAUCCUGGAGGUGAUACAGGCACAGCAGCAUCCAUGGCCUGCCCUUAGCGCCAGCAUUCCUGCUUUAUCCUCCGUGAUAUUCUGGCAGCGAACCGAGCCCGGCGUCGGAGGCGUUUGGUUGGCGAAGGGCUGACGUUGAGUGGCUGGUAACCGGGAUCGUAUUCUCCUGUAUUUUUUCAGGCUCCUUGGAAAUUGAGGAAUGCAAUUCUGCCACCAUGAUGGAAGGAUUGAAAAAACGUACCAGGAAGGCCUUUGGUAUACGGAAGAAAGAAAAGGACACUGAUUCCACGGGUUCACCAGACAGGGAUGGCAUCAAGAAGACAAAUGGAGCCCCGAAUGGAUUUUACGCGGAGAUUGACUGGGACAGAUAUAAUUCACCUGAGCUUGAUGAGGAGGGAUACAGCAUCCGACCUGAGGAACCAGGCUCUACCAAAGGAAAGCACUUCUACUCCUCAAGUGAAUCCGAGGAGGAAGAGGAGGCGCACAAGAAGUUCAACAUCAAGAUCAAGCCCCUGCAGGCCAAGGAUGUCCUGAGAAGCGCGGCCACUGUGGAUGAACUGAAGGCCUCCAUAGGCAACAUUGCACUUUCUCCAUCCCCUGUGAGGAAAAGUCCGCGGCGCAGCCCGGGGACAAUUAAAAGGAAUUUAUCCAGUGAGGAGAUCACACGGCCCCGGCGCUCCACACCAACACCAGACCCUGCCAGCAAGAAAACAGGGGAGGAUCCUGCUGCACUGGCUCCACUCUUCGGGCCCCCCUUGGAGUCGGCGUUUGAGGAGCAGAAGCUGGACGCUGCUCUAGAUCAGCCUGAGAUCUGGGGUUCAGUCCAGCCCAUCAACACAAGUGUAGAGUCCCCGAAACUUCCGAGACCUUUUCCAACUGGAACUCCUCCACCGCUCCCACCGAAGAACAUCCCGGCCACGCCGCCGCGCACCAGCUCCCCCCUGCCUGUGGGAAUAGGAGGGGACCAGGCAGCAGCAGAGCCCAAAAGGGACAAACUCCCGUCCAUCAAUGACUUGGACAGCAUUUUUGGCCCCGUGCCGUCCCCCAAAUCUGCUGCUGCAAACGCAGAAGACAAGUGGGUCAAUUUUUCUGAUCAAUCCCCGGAAAACGCGGCUCCGGAGUUGACGCCCCGGGAAAAAGCGGGAUCCCCGCCGGCGGCAGCGGCCGGUCCAGCCAAUGCUCCCGCGGCGGAGCCCUCCCGCCCGCUGCCCUCGCCGCUGCACCUGGAGGAGGUUCACAAGAAGGUUUCUGAGCACCUGAAGGAUGAGAACGUGGAGCCGGUGGCCUCUCCCAAAGAUUUUGGGCCGGGACAGAGAGCGACCCCGCCGCCCCCUCCGCCGCCCACCUACCGCACGGUGGUCUCGUCCCCCGGACCGGGCGCCAGCACGGGCAGCACCAGCGGUUCCUCAUCGCCGGCUCGCCCUGGAACGCCACUGGCCACCUGUGGCACCCCCCCGCCACCGCCCCCCCGGCCCCCCUCCCGGCCCAAGCUGCCCCCCGGCAAGCCCCCCGUCGCUGACGUGUCCAGGCCUUUUAGCCCUCCUAUCCACUCAUCCAGCCCUCCUCCGAUAGCACCUUUAGCCCGUGCUGAAAGUACUUCUUCCAUAUCUUCCACCAAUUCCCUGAGUGCAGCCACCACUCCCACCGUUGAGAAUGAACAGCCUUCCCUCGUUUGGUUUGACAGAGGAAAGUUUUAUUUGACUUUCGAAGGGUCAUCACGGGGGCCCAGCCCCCUCACCAUGGGGGCACAGGACACCCUGCCUGUCGCUGCCGCCUUCACAGAAACAGUCAAUGCGUAUUUCAAAGGGGCCGACCCCAACAAGUGUAUCGUGAAGAUUACAGGGGAGAUGGUGCUGUCAUUUCCAGCAGGCAUCACCCGACACUUUGCCAACAACCCCUCUCCGGCGGUGCUCACCUUCCGUGUGCUGAACUACAACAGGCUGGAGCAUGUCCUGCCAAACCCCCAGCUCCUCUGCUGUGACAGUGUGCAGAGUGACACCAACUCAAAGGAGUUCUGGGUCAACAUGCCAAAUCUGAUGACUCACCUAAAGAAGGUAUCGGAACAGAAACCGCAAGCCACCUAUUACAAUGUGGAUAUGCUCAAAUACCAGGUAUCUGCCCAGGGUAUUCAGUCUACUCCAUUAAACCUUGCAGUGAGCUGGCGGUGUGACCCUGCAAGCACUGACCUCCGCAUCGACUACAAAUACAAUACAGAGGCAAUGACCACACCGGUAGCUCUAAACAACGUCCAGUUCCUCGUCCCCGUCGACGGAGGAGUAACCAAACUUCAAGCUGUGCUUCCUCCUGCUGUCUGGAAUGCUGAACAGCAAAGGAUAUUGUGGAAGAUCCCUGAUAUCUCUCAGAAGUCAGAAAAUGGAGGUGUGGGGUCUCUGCUGGCCCGGUUCCAGCUGUCAGAGGGGCCGAGCAGCCCGGCCCCACUGGCCGUGCAGUUCACCAGCGAGGGCAGCACCCUGUCCAGCUGCGACAUUGAGCUUGUGGGCGCCGGGUACCGCUUCUCCCUCAUCAAGAAAAGGUUUGCAGCAGGUAAAUACUUGGCUGAUAACUGAUGGAAGCUUAUGCAAGUCUAUGGAAAAUACUAUGGAAAAUACCCAAGGACUGCUGUGUGUGGAACGGGUUUUAAUUACAGUUUAAGGAAAAUGAACUAAAUCCUGUACUUGGGACAUUUCUGUUGGAAGUGUCGACAACUUUCAGCAUUUUUUUUCCUUGGAAAACACCGUCUUGACCAGUCCUACAGUAUUUACUUCUAGAUGUAACAUUGUUAAUGGUUUUAAAAUGUAAUUAUUGUAUUUGUAAAUUGUACUCAUUCCAGUAAGGCUGUAUUUUGGCAGUUAGACACUUGAGUUUUAGCAUUUUACCAUUCAUGAAAUGGAUGUAAUUUAAACUGUGGUAUAUAAAUCUAAUAGUAGUACUGUUGAAUGGCACAAUGCUUACAGAGGUAGAUUACAUUUUGUCAAUAUAUACAAUUUAAAUACAAUACUGGUAGCUGUUAUGAAGGGGGCGCCUCAUCAAAAGAGAGUUCAGUAGAGCCCACAUGCUGAUUUACUUUCCCUUCAAUCUUUAGUACGUCUCACAGCGAUGAAUAAAAAGCUUAAUCUUCAGGUUUAGCUGGUUUAACUCCAGAGAAAUAUUGCCGUAAAGGUGGAGGUCACUAGCACAGUCUCCCAGGAAAAAAAUCUACAAGGAGUAUUUAUUCCAAAUUCCCAACCUGCCCUGUGUUCUCUUACAGCUGCAGAUUCCCUGUCAGGAGUCCCGGCAGCAUGUGGGUGACCAACAUUUCUCUUUACCCCAUGUCCAUAUAUUUUGCAGGGAUUCAGAUAAGGAAAUAAGUAGCAAAGAGACUGGGUGGUAAAUCUGAGCUUACAGCACUGUCAGGAAAUGUUCCUGCUGUUUUUAAGGAUGCGUUUUCCGAGCCGCCUCCAGAUUUUUGGUUGCAUUUUUAUAUUCCUUUGCUCGCUUUUCUGCCUUGCCCCCCAUUUUUGAAAGCCCAAUGGGUUUAGAAAAUGUUUUACAGACAUGCAGCCCCCCGAGGCCUUUCCAUUUUACCACUAAGGCAGAAAAGUGUGUAUGGACUGGGAAACAACUCCCUGGGGAACUGCCAAAAUACAGUGGGGCAGGAGCCAGCCUCGCUGGCAUUGGGAGCAGCUCUCUCCUGGAGAUGGGAAAAUACAUGAAAUUGCUAAACGGGAGGCUGAGGAUCAAAAAAUUAUCCCUCUGUGUUUUUCCUGGGAGCUGGUGUCCUGCUGCUCAUCCCUGUGCAGCAUUUGGGAUCUUGUUGACAUUGGUCUCAUCCUACUUCUGGCAACACGGUGAUGGCAUUGGUGGCAUUAAUGGCACAGCAUCUCUGAGAUGUGGAGCUUGUUUAAUGGGAGAAUUUGGCAAUAUUGGGAAAGAAAAGAAGGGCUCUUUACAAAAUUAAACACAGUUGCAGUUCAGAUGCACAGAGAAGCUCAGGAGCAUCCACUGAACUGGGUGCUGGGGACUUCGGGAAUGUGUAAGAUGACAAAUAGUUCUGAUUUUACAGUCAUAAAUGUUGCCAGGACUAGGCUUGUGUAUUUGCAUUGGAAAACUUAGACUGGGCAUGUUGGGAAGUGCUUGAUUAUUGCGCAGUUUGGAUUGAUGUAGAAAAACAGAGAGCUGUGCCCAUCUUAAAAAAAAAUAAGGAAAUUUGGAGAUAUUUCAAGUCUGAGGUGACUCCCAGGCUGUGAUUUGUAUGACUGAGGGGUGAAUUGUGUGUGUGCAUUCACAAAAGGCAGCAACAGGGAAGAUAAAGCACAAUUUGGUUCUGCAACUUCCCACAUCUUGGCAGAUUUUGGAAGUACACUCAGCAGUGCUCCUGAAUGGAGUGUCCCACUCCAUUAAUGAUUUUCCCCCUGAACUGGAAAUAUGUAUAAAGUGUGUAACCCACCCCUUUCUGAUACAGGAAUACAGGGCAAACCCUAAGAAUCAGUUUGUGCGUCAUCACUUCAUGCUGUGUACAAGUGUUACAAACUCAUCCUUCCAAAAGAGAUCUAUGGCAUAGGCCCAAAAAUAAGGGGUUUAUUGUGUAAAUAUUACCAGAACAUAGAGAUUUUACUUUAUAUUUCAUUCGAAAGACAAGGUGUUUACAUAGCAUUGGGUUUUUGAAUGCUUUUUAAACAGAAAAACCCAUAACCCAAAGCUUCCAAGCUCGUCCCAUUUGUGCUGUGGCACAAAAUGGAGUCACUUUUUUGGGAUGCAGCUCCUGUGGCCUAGGUAGAGAGAUAGGGCAGUUCUGUGCACUUUCUGGGGUGAAUUGGCUGGCAGGUCUGUGUCCAAUGUGCCAUGACACUUCCAGCCCCACAGGGAUGUGGUUUGCCCUCCAGCCAUGGGCAGGUGACACCAAACCCACAACACCGGGACCAAAACCAGCGGUUUGGGACAGAGGACAAGUUCCUUCCAUAUUGCUUUGGCCAGUUUUUUUGCAUAGUGUUUUAGCAGAGUACCACAGGGAUGCUGGUUUUGCUGGGCGUUUGUCUUCUUGCACGUAUGAAUGUGGCACCCCAGUGUUACCCAAUGUGGGGAACACAACUGUUGUUGUUCCCGAGUCCAAAGUGCAAGAGCCUGGUCUUCUUCCUGUCUCGCUUUGAGAAAGUCUCAGCAGAAAAAGGUUAUGGGCAGCAGCUUAGGUUGGUCUGAGUGUUUAAUGUAGAACGUCAAAUAGGAGCAUGUAUAGGGAUGUAUAUCGCUCACAGCCAAGAAUUACUUCCCAAUGUCCCAUCUAACCCUGCCCUCUGACAGUGGGAAGCCAUUCCCCCUUUCCUGUCACUCCAAGCCCUUGUCCCAGAUCCCUCUCCAGCUCUUUUGGAGCCCCUUUAGGCACUGGAAGGGCUCUAAGAUCUCCCUGGAGCCUUUUCUUCUCCAGGCUGAACACCCCCAGCUUUCUCAGCCUGUCUCCAGAGCAGAGGGGCUCCAGGCCUGGGAGCACUCCUAGCGGGAAGCACCACUGCUCUGUUUCCCAGCAUGUGGUCCAGCAGGUCUUUUGCCAAGUCAGACAGAGGCUGGAAAGGGGGCCCAGCCCUCUGGCACUGCCCAGCUCUAGCACUCCUGAGCUCAGCAGCACUCUGAUCUAUCUGAGUGAAAAAAAGGACAAAGAAAGGAGGCAUUAAAAAAAAAUAUGUGGUUGCAUGCACAGAAAGGCUUUAGCUCAGUUACUCCCAUGGACCCUUCCCUUUAGACUGUGUCUCAGCAACCUCUCCCAGAGGAAUUUUCCCCUGGGAAUUUCAGCAGCCCACACCUGCAGAGUCAAAGUUCCUCUGAUGGAGCAGGAGGGUUUUCCCCCACAGACACCUGAAGACUUGGGUUUUUAGAUGUCAGGAGCAGGAAGUAAAUUUUUUUGGUGACUUUUCUCCUGUUUGUUGUAAACAGUCAGGAUUCUCAGUCAGCUUAUGGUGCUCCUCACAGGAGACCUUUCAGACCAAUUUUCUACUUUAACAAUAUUUCUUCAUAACUGUGAAAUCACUCACUAGUAUGAAAUACUACCAAAUAAUGAGCUUUUCAUUUGGUGCCUGCAUUUGGUGCCUCUUAAAUAUCACUCCCCUGUUCAAUAAUUCUUAUUUUUGCUGUCAUUCAGGAUUUCAUUUAAAUUACUUUGCCUUUGAUCUGUCCUUUCAGGUUUUAUCUGUUAAAAGUUUUUUAAAACAUAGGAGGCAAAAACCUAGAAAUUUCUGUUGGAAUGUCAUCCUGUUUUAGCCAGGCAGGAAGGGGAUGGAGAGGGAAGGCUGCAGCCACCCAAGAUUCCUUCAGCACAAGCAUCACAUAAAGAGUCACCACUUCACUUUCUCCCAGUAGAGGCAUUUUAAAAGACUGGAGUGCACUGAGAAGAUUUUUAAAAGACUUAAGAAGGAAUCAUAAAAACAUUCAGACCUCAUCCUUGGCUACCAAUCUCUGUCAGCAACUGUUUCCAGGCCCACUGGGCACAUGGGGCAGUUUUGGGUCACAGAGGAAUCCUGCUCCGUUCCACCUCUUUUUUGACAUACUGCCCAUGGAUCUGUUACCCAAACACCCAACAUCUACUUAAAAAAACCUCACAUCCAUGCACUAAGUAUGGAGUGGUUUUUCCCCUACUCUUCUGUUGGUUCUAUGUGAAAACAUCUUGGUUAAAACACUUAAUUUUGAAGCUUGACAUAUUUUAUAUGUAACAUCAUGUCAUACUUUCCUGGUAAGAAAUUACUGCCUCAAAGAUUUCAUUUCAUAGCCAGAAUUCUUCUGUUCUUUUUCUCACCAUUUCCCAAGGAAAGUAAUCCUUGCAGAGCUGGGGAGGUUUUAUAAUAAUCAGGAUUUUAGUUCUUAUUUCAAUCGGGAUUUUAGUUCUUAUUUCACUGCAAGGCUAGGAAAAGAUUUGCAGGAAUACGCCCUGCUCCUGCCUUCCCUUUCCCUUUAGGAGGGAUGAUGCUGCUGGCAAUGGUUCUUGAAACCAUGAGCGUUAAAGUGGUGAUGCUCUUCCAAGGUUUUCAGACAAGCAGGACUCGGCACAGGCCAUGCAGGAUGUGGUGAAACACACCAGGUUUUAGUGAGGCAUUUGGGAUAUCUUGUUCCUCCAUUAGAAAUCCCACUCUUUCUAGGUACAGCCAUCCUGCUGUCAGGUUCCUCAUCCACACAGGGAUGGGCUUUUCCACUCCAAAAUGCCUUAAGGUUGAUGAAAUCACCUGGUUGCUUGGAUUAUAUAAAACACGUGGAGAUGUUGGUCAUGGUGAGCGAGGAAUCCCAUUGGAAUGUGUUGUGAAGCUCCUUCCUGCAGCCAGGGCUGGUGGGUGGAGGGCAUGGAAUGUAGGAGAACCUCACCAAGACACCCCAGCAGUGAAUCAGAUUUCCCCAGGUAUCACCCUGUAUCAUUUUAUGAACUCCCUCAUGUAUAAAAUGUUUAUAAAUAUUUGUGGAUUAAGAUACACAGGUCUAUUUUUAAGAUUUAAGUUAAAUAAGUUAAUGAAUGGCUGGCCUUUUUUGCCUAAACGUGCAAUGAGAUAUAUUAUACCUUUAGUCUACGAUGGCCUAGGUACUGCUUAGUCUGUGAUGAAAACUUUGCUGCUUUCCUACUGUUCUCAGAGAAAAAAAAAACUGUAAAAGACGUACAGGUUUGUUGCACAGGGACUACUGCAGCGAAGCUUUGUAUUUGACCACUGGUAAUAUGAAUGUGUUGUAUUGACUUGUUGAAGAUAAUCAUGAAACAACAUAUUUUAAAUGUUACUUGCCUUAUAGAUUAGAGUACGACUAUGUGGAUAUCAUUUUUGUAAAUACUGUUUUUUAUAAAUGUCUCUCCUCCAUUCUCCUUGUCACCCAUUUCACCGAAUCUCGAAUAUGCAAUUAUUUACCAUGCAUAACGUUGCGACAGAUAAAUCCCCAUGUCAGAACAAAGUUUAUGGAUUCUAUACAUAAGAUCCACAUUAAAUUCCCAAUUGAGUUGCAAUUUAAAUGUGAUAUUAUUUUUUCCUUGAAAAUAAACAAAAACAGUAAAACAAUA